GACCUAAGAUAAGAACCGUGGUAGUCCGCUUGUUCCCAUCACUCUUUGAAAGCAAUUUGUUUGAAUGCACCAUAAAAUGUGCAACUGAAAGAAAAGCAUUACAUGGCACUCAUCUGUUCGAAAAAUGAACGUCAAUGAGCGAGUCAACAUCAGUGAUGACUUUGAUUUAUUUUGUCAAAUCGCUCAACCUUCAUCAAGAGAAAGCUUGUACCCUAGUGAUUAUCCGAGGAAUGUUCGCUCACAAAGACGCGAAAGCUGUGCUGAUCAUUCUGUAAAUUAUCCCAAGCGGAGUGAGAAGCGUUCGUCCAGCUUCCGUGAAAUACGUCAUCCCGCGCAGACACCACAAAACAUGUCUGGUGCAAGUCUUAUCACAGCAAGGUCUCCCGCACGCUCAGACAAUAUGCACUCCCCAGCAUCAUUACACGUUAGCCGAGACAACCCGCAGACAUCUUACAGACUUAGCCCAAAAUCACUCUCCACACUGGACACUGUCAAGUUGUCACCAAAGCCUGGCACUUCAACGGCUGGAAGAGGCGAAGACUGUCGACGACCACCAAAUGUCCUGCUAGAUCGAGCACGUGCGGGGUCAAUGAAAGAAACGGCAAGAAAACAUUCUACAGCAAAGUCAGUUUACCGUCCUUCUGCUCCAGCUGUUUAUUCUACGUCUCUGGUACCAAAUUUUGAUAACGAUCCUCACUCGCCAAGCCGUAUUUCUAGUAAAUCGGCGGAGGAAGGUUUGGUAAAAGUUCGUAGCUUUCAACGUAAGAAGGAUGGUAAAAUCAUCCGUAAAGGUGACAAAAACCUUCCACAAAUGGAAAUCUAUGGUCCUGCAGAUAGGUACCGAGGUUUAACGCUUGAUGGUAGAAAAAGUAUCCAAGGUCAUCCUACUAUACUUACAGAUGAAGCAAGUGACAGAUCAGACUUUUCCGAAGGUGAAGGUGAUGUGCUCGAAAUCCCGGCGAUAACAACUACCCUUGUACACCCUUCCGGGAAUGACGUAAAUCAAGAACCAGCUCAAGCUGCUUACAAUGAACAAACGGCACUUUCUCCUAAUUCACUUACACCCGGAUUUCGUAGCAGAUCAAGGUCUUGGGCAGUUGUUUCAGACUCUGGGACCGAAUCUCCUUACUCGCACUCAUCACCCCCGACUGAGCUAAUCUCGCCCAACGAACUUCUAACUGUGCAAGUGCUGGGCACCGACAGAGUUGGAAAAACAAGUUUGUGUCUGCAAUUUCAAACCUCUGAAUCACUGGAUGUAACAGUCGAUAACACUGCAGAAGACGAACGGAUGAGAACCAUCACGGUCGAAGUGAACAAUCACAAGUUUAAUCUACAGCUAUAUGAUACAAACUUGAUGCAGGAGGAACUAAUAUGCAAUGAAGACUCUUCCGUGAUCGAAUCCGCUGACGCCUAUGUCGUGGUGUACGCGAUCGAUGACCGUUCCUCUUUCUUGACUGCCCGCUCAAUUGUGAGCUUUCUGUUGGGAAAAUGCAAGCGGUCGAGUGCUAUCGUAUUGGCUGCGAACAAGUCCGACCUUGUGCGCACUCGUGCUGUCUCGGUCGAUGAGGGAAAAAAUUUGGCCGCCGUAUAUUCCUGUCCAUUUUACGAAAUCUCAACUUCACUGAACCACCGCGUUGAUGAAGUUCUAGUUGGAAUUAUCGUGGCCAUCCAAGAACGCCGUCUAGAAGUAAACCGGGAAAGGAACCGACUGGAGCGAAUGGCAAGUAUCAAUAAACGUGGUUCACUCAGUUCACCAGGACAUCGAAUGUCAUUUGGUACCAUGAAAUCCCCAUCCAGCGGCUUUGUCAGAUUUUUUCAGAGAUAUUUUCUUAAGAAAGACAAACGUCCAAGCGCCGUACUGUGAUUUAAAUUUUAUGUACAUGGAUACGUUUAAUAGUUUCUGUAAUUCAGCUGACCAAUGCGUAUUGUGAUUUGCUCCGUACGGAUAACUUGCUUCGCAUAGUCAUUACCAUAUACUGACAACGUUCCAUUUCAAAUUUUCUGUCAAUUUCUUAGUCAGCACUGAAACAGUGCUUUCGGAAGCCACGUUGAUGUUACAUUUCCAUGUCCCAUUUUACCUUGAACUUGCACUUUCCUACAAAUAAGUACAAUUGCUUAUGGUUUUAUUAUUUUUGACUUGAGAGCUACCGGUAACUAUCGAACAUUUUCUGACGGUUUGAAACAGCAUGAAAUUACCAUACGUUCUGUAACUCUCUUUGAAUUUAAAUUGCUUGCUGGUAGCAGGAAUGUUAACUUUAUG